UCUCUAAAAUACAACUGUGUUCUUGGUUUAUAAAAAGCUUCUUGUUUCUAUGGUUUCCUCCUUCACCUAGUCACCUCCAUUAAAUUUGCCCAAAACCAAUUAGUCUCCAAGAGAAUGGGCAGUAUUGAUGCAAAAAAUGGUGCUGCUUUUGCAACUUCACCAGUUGCACCAUUCAAGCCACUUGAUCCCGAAGAAUUCAGAAAACAAGCCCAUCGCAUGGUUGACUUCAUAGCUGACUAUUACAAAAAUAUCGAAAACUAUCCUGUUCUCAGCCAAGUUGAGCCUGGAUAUCUCCGAACCCGGCUGCCAGAAACCGCCCCGUAUCUCCCUGAGCCAUUUGAAACCAUUUUAGAAGAUAUUCAAAAGACUAUAAUCCCUGGAUUGACUAACUGGUUAAGCCCUAACUUUUUUGCAUAUUUUCCUGCUACAGUUAGCUCCGCCGCUUUUCUGGGAGAAAUGCUGUGCACUGGCUUUAACUCUGUAGGGUUCAACUGGCUUGCAUCCCCGGCCGCCACUGAGCUCGAAAUGGUUGUCAUGGAUUGGUUGGCUAACAUGCUAAAGCUCCCCAAGUCCUUCAUGUUUUCCGGCACUGGUGGUGGUGUUUUGCAGGGAACCACCAGUGAGGCUGUUCUUUGCACCCUCAUCGCCGCCCGUGACCGCGCUCUUGAGACAAUUGGCAUUGACAACGUUGGCAAGCUCGUCGUUUACGGAUCUGAUCAAACACACAGCUUUUUCAUCAAGACUUGCAAGUUAGCUGGUAUCUUCCCAUCCAAUAUAAGAAUAAUCCCUACUAGUGCUGAAGACAACUUUUCUUUAUCCCCCGAGGCUUUACAUAAGCAAAUCCAAGCUGACGUGGCAGAUGGUCUGGUCCCACUUUUCCUAUGUGUAACUGUGGGGACCACUUCCACCACCGCCGUUGACCCAGUGAGUCAGCUAGCUGAAGUUGCAAAUGAUUUCAAUUUGUGGAUUCAUGUUGAUGCUGCUUAUGCAGGUAGCGCAUGCAUAUGUCCCGAGUUCAGGCAACACUUGGAUGGGAUUGAACGAGUUGACUCACUGAGUUUGAGCCCUCAUAAGUGGCUACUGUGUUUUUUGGAUUGCUGUUGCUUGUGGGUCAAGAAACCCGAGUUGAUGGUGAAGGCAUUGAACACCAACCCGGAGUACUUGAGAAACAAAAGGAGUGAGUCCGACGCAGUUGUUGAUUACAAAGAUUGGCAAAUUGGCACGGGCAAACGCUUCAGAGCGUUACGAUUGUGGCUUAUUAUGCGUAGUUAUGGAGUUGCAAAUCUCCAGAGCCACAUCCGAUCCGAUGUCCAAAUGGCUAAAAUGUUCGAAGGGUUUGUGAAAUCCGACCCGAGGUUUGAAAUAGUUGUACCGCGUGCAUUUUCACUUGUAUGUUUCCGGCUUAAUCCUUUGAGAAUGUCACAUGCAACGUACGUAGAGCUCUUAAAUAUGAAGCUACUCGACCUGGUUAACUCAACGGGCCGAGUUUACAUGACUCACACUAAAGUUGGUGGUGUAUAUAUGCUGAGAUUUGCUGUGGGAGCCACACUAACAGAAGAUCGCCACGUGUAUGCUGCCUGGGAGUUGAUAAAAGAAUGUGCUGACGCUUUACUCGAUGGAAAUCUUUAGACCAAUAAUUGUGUCUGCUCCUUUCGGAAUCGAUAAGAUUGUUCAAAGGGCACAAUAAAUUUGUUUGGUUUGAUCACAGUUAGGGACAUAGGUGGAGUUCAAUCCUCUGAAAUGAUCAUGCAAUUUAUUGGUAUCGCAAUUGAAAGUCAUUGAAUGGGACAGAUUUCUUCCACCAGAGCCUUAAUUAGUUAGAUAAAGUAAUUGAUUGAACAAGUAAUAAUUCCACGGAGAUAUGUAUGCAAAAAUUUCACAUCAAAUCAAGUAUGUUCGAUCUUUGUCAAUAAGGGUUUUCUCUGCCGAUAAGAAUGGCCGUGAAAUUUGGGUACUUCUUUAGACAAAAACUAAGUCUGGCUAGCAAUUUCUUUUUGGUAACUUAUGUACAAAUGGCAUUGGAAAUUUCUAUAGAUUUU